AUGGAGCAGGCCGACCGCAUUGAAAGCCUGGCCUGCGAGGUCGUUAAUGCUGCAGGGUGCAUCAUAGUGCCUGGGCUCGUGGACCUCCAUGUCCACCUCAUUGGGGGAGGUGGCGAGGCAGGGCCGGCAUCAAGGACACCAGAGUGCCAGCUCAGCGAGCUGUUGGACGCCGGCAUCACAACUGUGGAGGCUCUUGUGGCCAAAUGCAGAGCGCUGAAUGCGGAGGGCAUAACAGCGUACCAUUGGGCCGGGUCUUACCGAGUACCACCCGCCACCGUGCUCGGCAGCAUCCAGCAGGACAUGUGCUUCAUUGAGAGCUGCGUGGGCGUCGGCGAGAUCGCCAUCUCUGACCACAGAUCCAGCGCACACACUCCGCAGGAGCUUGCGCGGAUUGCCAGUGAGGCGCGAGUGGGGGGUAUGCUCAGCGGCAAGGCAGGCCUGGUGCACAUACACACAGGCGCUGGGUCUACAAUGCUGGAGCCCCUGAGACAGGCGCUGGCUGUCAGCGAUGUGCCAAUAACCCAGUUCCUGCCAACGCACAUGGACCGUAACGGCUACCUCCUGCAAGAUGGCCUCAAGUGGAUGGAAGAGGGCGGCUGCAUAGACUUCACUGCGGGUGACAAUGCAAGAGUUUUUGUGACUGCAAUUUUGACUUCAACGGAGCACUUCCUCCCCAGCUGCUCAGUGUCGUCUGAUGCGUGUGGAUCGCUGCCAGUCUUUGACGAGAAGGGAAAGCUCUUGGAGUACAAGGUGGCAGAGCCAAAGGAGUUGCUACAGUGCCUGCAAUACUUGAUCAGGAUCGAUCAGAAGCCCAUGCGCAAGGUGCUUCCACUGUUCACAGAGAACCCAGCACGGCGCCUUAAGCUCCACAACAAGGGCAAGAUUGCUGUGGGCAUGGAUGCCGAUCUGUUGCUGCUGGAUUCGGAGACGCUGGAGCUGCACUCAGUGUUUGCUCGCGGGCAGCUGGUGAAGACCCCUGAGUGGACCCGAGGUGGUGCCUUUGAGAGGGGCCCCAACAUCCGCCCAUACGUGCUGCCAACAGACUGA